GUAAGUCUAAGUACAGGUUGAGUCACGUGAAAGAAAAAAAGAUGGCUACAGAUUCGCAACCUAACGAGAAGCUAACGAUUCCUUUCAAAACCAGAAUCGCUCUCAAAUUUAUCUCCACCUUCACCGAUAAUGCUCAACGUCCCGACGGCACUAUCAACCGCCGUUUCCUCCGCCUCUUCGAUUUCCGUGCUCCUCCCAAUCCCAAUCCAGUCAGCUCCGUCUCAUCCUCCGAUUUCGUCGUCGAUCCCUCCCGUGAUCUCUGGUUCCGGUUAUUCACUCCGCACGUCUCCGGCGACCGUAUUCCCGUCGUCGUUUUCUUCCACGGCGGAGGUUUCGCUUUCCUCAGCGCCAAUGCGUAUCCCUACGAUAGCGUAUGCCGCAGACUCGCUAGGAAACUGCCGGCUUACGUGGUCUCCGUUAACUACCGUCUCGCUCCGGAGCACCGUUACCCUGCUCAAUACGACGACGGAUUCGACGCCCUGAGGUUCAUCGAGGAGAAUCGCGGCACGGUUCUCCCGGCGAACGCCGAUCUGUCGAGAUGCUUCCUCGCCGGAGACAGCGCCGGUGGAAACAUCGCGCACAACGUCGCGGUUCGAGUUUGCCGUGCGCGGUGUUUCACCGCCGUUAAACUCGUCGGACUCAUCUCGAUCCAGCCUUUCUUCGGCGGAGAGGAGAGGACGGAGGCGGAGAAACGCCUCGUCGGAAUGCCUCUGGUAUCGCCGGAUCGAACAGACUGGUGCUGGAGGGCGUUGCUGCCGGAGGGAUCAAACCGGGACCACGAGGCGGCGAAACCAAACGUCGUGGACAUUUCGGGUCUGGAUUACCCGGAGACGAUGGUGGUAGUGGCCGGAUUCGACCCGUUAAGGGAUUGGCAGAGAAGCUACUGCGAGUGGAUAAACUCAUCCGGGAAAAGAGCAGCACUAGCCGAGUAUCCAAACAUGUUCCAUGCGUUUUAUAUCUUCCCUGAGCUGCCGGAGUCAGGCCAAUUAAUCCAGCGGAUUAAGGAUUUCGUGGCGGAGCGCGUGAGUCCGUUCGGACCAUUCCAAAGGAUAAAGAAAAGAUGUGUUGUUGGGGGUAGGGAGGUGAAAGUGAAGUACACAGUUAAUGCAUUUAUAGCAAGGAUUCAAUGCCCAUACCGUUCCUAUUAUUUAUAUCCAACUUGCCUUUAAAUGUUCAACACGUUUGUUGAAUUUUGUAAUCUACUUACAUUGUUUCCAUCGAUUGGAUUAUUUCGAGUGUUGAGUAAGUUACGUACAUUUACAUACAGAGAGACGUUUACAAAAAUGUGUGAGUGUUGAUAGCAAUACGAGACCUUAAUAUCUUCUAAUAUACUAAAAUAAUCAGGAUUUUUAGUCUACAUUAUUGACCGUUGAAAACACUGCUCAUGUGUUUC